GGAUUCGGGGCGUUGCGCGAGGGGGGCAGGACGUCGGCCAUGGUUAUAGUGGUUGUGGUGGUGGUGUGUAGAAAUGAGUGGGGUUGUUUGUUGGCUGGCAGGUCAGACAAGUGCCAUUCCGCGGGCGUUUUCCUCCACUGCCGAUCUGCGGUCGACUCAACGCGGGCUAGGGCCGUGCUUUUUGACGUCUCACCGGCGGCGGAAUUCAAGUUACACCUUUUUGCGUGACGCGCACAGUCUCCCCUUUCCUCUCUCCUUCUACAUUCGUUACAGCGGGUACAAUGGCAGCAAAGCGUGUGUGCAGCAGCGCUCUGCGUCUCAGCGGGGCGGGAGCAGCGAGAAAGUCCACAGGCGCAAGAAGCAGCCGGUCCUUCUCAACUCAACACGCGAAUUGGACAACAGCAUUACAAGCCAAGCACACAACAUCCACGACGAUACUCCCACGCAUCCAAGCCACCCACCCCCAAAGACGCUUCUCCACAACCCCCACCCCGCAGCACGGGCACCUCGACCCCCCCAAGCCCGGCGAAGAGCUCAAAAUCACCUUCCUCGACCAGACCUCGCAGCCGCACACCUUCACCGUGUCAGCAGGCGACAACCUACUCGACAUCGCGCAAGCCAACGACCUCGAGAUGGAGGGCGCAUGCGGCGGGUCGUGCGCGUGCUCGACGUGCCACGUUAUCGUCGAGGACGAGGCGUACUACGAGAAGAUGGACGAGCCGGACGACGACGAGAAUGAUAUGCUGGAUUUGGCGUUUGGGCUGACGGAGACGAGUCGGUUGGGGUGUCAGGUUAAGAUGACGAGGGGGCUGGAUGGGGUUGUUGUGAGGCUGCCGAGUGUGACGCGGAAUUUGCAGGCGAGUGAUUUUAAGGAGAAGUGAGGGUGCGUUGUGUUGGGGGAUGAAUGAUGUAUGUGUGUGUACUCUAUUGUUGGAUGGUUGGACGUUGUACUUGUAAGGAUGGAUAUAAGGUAUCAUGAAGACAUGUAUUUAAACGAUUACGCGACAGAGAUAUUCACACCUCCACACCACCGCCCUCUG